AUGGCAUCUUCUUGUUUCCUUCGCUCGAUUCUCUUCUCUUCUCCCACAAACCUCUCAUCGCCUCGUUCGAAUUCUCUCUCCGUUUUCUUCCCGAAGAAUCUCACGUGUUCUUUUCCUACUUCCGCGUCUCGAUUCGAGUCGUUCUCGGUUUCGUCGAUCGGAAGUGGAUCUAGCAGGAGAUUAGCUGAUAGUCGGAAAAAGAUCUCGGAGGUUAGGAGCAUGGCUACGACGGCAGCGGAAAUAGGGAAGGAUGAGAAGAAGAGAGUAGAGGUUUUUGACACAGAAGAGAAUUUAGCGAUUGAUCUAGCUAAAUUCACAGCGGAUCUCUCCGAUAAGUUUUGCAAGGAGAGAGGCGCUUUCACCGUCGUUGUCUCCGGCGGCUCCCUAAUCAAAUCGCUCCGGAAAUUAGUUGAAUCUCCUUACGUUGACUCAAUCGACUGGUCAAGGUGGCAUUUCUUCUGGGUCGACGAGAGAGUUGUUCCCAAGCACCAUGACGACAGCAACUACAAACUCGCUUAUGAUAGUUUUCUCUCCAAGGUUCCAAUCCCGCCUGGAAACGUAUACGCCAUCAACGAAUCUCUCUCGGCCGAGGCAGCAGCGGAUGAUUACGAGACCUGCCUCAAACAUUUAGUCAAGACCAGUACCCUCCGUGUAUCUGAAUCAACAGGCUUUCCCAAAUUUGAUCUCAUGCUUCUUGGUAUGGGCCCUGAUGGCCAUGUGGCGUCACUGUUCCCUGGACAUAGUCUCUGCAACGAGAGCAAGAAAUGGGUAACUUCCAUCACCGACUCUCCUAAACCGCCGUCUGAAAGAAUCACGUUCACUUUCCCGCUCAUCAACUCCUCUGCGCAUGUAGCUCUAGUCGUGUGCGGUUCUGGGAAAGCCGAAGCGGUGGAGGCAGCGUUGAAGAAGACUGGGAACGUUCCUGCUGGUUCUGUUUCUGCUGAAGACGAGCUGGUUUGGUUUCUUGAUAAACCAGCCUGUUCCAAGCUCUAA